CCAUCCAGUCGCGAGGCGUACGCCGGGCAGGGUGGAGGUGUCUGCGUUGUCCGCAAGGAUACGUCGACGGUUGGCCGCGACGCCGCCACGGUUCGCGCAAGGCACAGGUACGAAGUGCGCGCGUUUUCGAGGCGGUAUCGCGAAUAAGCGCAGGAGUGGCGUUUCCGGGCGUAUCGUUUCUGAUGUCGCAUGUUAUGCUUCGCCGUUGACCGUCCCUAGCAGCGAGUAGGAAGGAGUCGGGCCACGAGCGAAGAAGGGAAAACGGGGAAAGGGAAGGAGAUAGUAGCAGUCGUAUCGCGCGGUGCAGUGCGAAAAGUGUUCGGCGAAAGGGGCCUCUGUGCUUUCGUCCCGUGUGCGUGGUUGUGCGCGCGUGUGCCGAACAGCGAGCACGAUAGGAACGUUGACUAGUGACACGCACGGUGUUGGGAAUAAGGAGAUCGAGAGAGACGGGGGAGACACGGGGUCGCCGGAUUAAUCGUUGUGCACUGUGCGACGAGGUUUCGUAAAGGUGCGUCAAAUGACAGUGAGGUGAUCAAUGUGCUCGAAACAUGGCUGAGGAGCUGCUGGUCACCCUGAACCGCGGCGACUCGUCCGGAUUCGGGUUCUCGCUCCUCGGCACCGCUGGUCUGCCGCACGUCAUCUACGACAUCGUCGAGAACUCGCCGGCAGCCAAGAGCGGCAAGGUCGAGGCCGGUGACGUCAUACUCAGGGUGGACGAAGUCGAUGUCAACCGAUUCAGUACUAAAGAAGUGCUGAAAUGUCUGCGGCUCUCGUCGGACCCUGUCACCCUGAAGCUACGAAGGGAUCCAGCAAUAAAAGCGCACGUGCGUCGUUUGUUAACGCCUGGGCAGCCGGUGUGCGACGAAACGGACUCGUCGAAGAUCUCGCACGAGGUGACGACCCUCGCUAGUAAUCCCAGGGCCGUGACGUCAGGGAACGGGGAGAAAACGGAAUCUAGAAAGCCUGGAACCCCAGAAUUGCCAGGUGGCUCGCCCCAGGAACCGACCGGAGCGACGCAAUAUGCGACCAGAAGCAACGGUUCCUACAGCGAUGCUUCCGGUUCCUCCGAGCUGGAGGCGCUUCUUCCACCCGUCGUCGACAGCUUCAAGGAGGAAGAACGAGCCCAAUGGGAGCCUCUGUCUGGCGAUAAGUUCACCAGACAGAAGAACACGCCUAGGUUCGAAGCGUAUAUGAUGACUGGCGACCUGAUGUUGAACCUGUCGCGUACCCAGCAGAGCAGCGGCCUGUUACCGAAACAUCAGAAGAAGGUCGACUCGCUUAGGUACAACAAUCAUCACACCCACCAUCACCAUAAUCACCACAAUCACCACCAUCAUAACUCGGUACCCACCAGUCCUAACGAGAUGCUGGGCCAUCACCGUGCUUACAAGUGCACCGGUUCGAAUUCGGCCAGCACCUCACCGGUGGGGAUCAGCAAACGCGAGAACAGCCAAUGCCCCGGUCAGAGCGACUCUAACAAACCGAACGCCGCGAGUUUCGGUUACUCGAGCGGUUUCGUGCGCACCUCGCGCUCCGAGGAUCAUUUGCAAUUCCAAAAGGACCCGUCGAUGAGCGCGGUGGACAUUGACAUUGACGACGACGUCACGUCCAGCUUGAACACCCUGUUGGACACGCGGCCGGACAGCGGCCAGGGUCUGUCCAGCGAGCGGAUCGUCUGGACGUACAACGCCCCUGUUAGCUCGCCGUCCGCCUCGGAGCGCACCUCGUGCUGCCAAAAUGGCAGCUCGUCGCAAUCCUCGUCGAGUAGCUCCUCGACGGAGGGCACUAGUCCCCAGAGAUCCUUAUCGCCUGCCUCCCCUACCUCGGUCUCGUCCUCCGUCAUGUCCUCCAAUUCUGGAUCCCGUAGGUUCCCACCGCCGGUCCCCACGGGCGCCACCGCGACCGCCCUGGGCCCAUCCGGCGACGGGACCGCCUCCUCGGCCUCCGGGCUUCAUCCCACCAACGGUGACCUCAGUCAGUCAGAGGCAAUCAGCAACAUGUCCAGUCCCGACUACAACGACGAGGAGACUAUGGACAUACUCAGUGCCCGCGAUAUCAUGAUGGUCAGUGAUCCAAGUGACAGUGACUCGACGAUACUGGCCAGCGAGCCGCCCCAGAGGAGGCUCAAGAACGCCUCGCAGUCGUCCAACGCGUACGCGACCGCGCAGGACGCUACCGAGCACAGGAUAGUGAUACAGGUGAAAGGACCGGACAAGGACGCGACGUCCGCGAGGAACACCAGCCCCAGGCAGAACAGACGACGCGGGAACCCCAGCAACGUCGACUUGGUGCCCACCUCCACUGCUCAAGGCACCGCGCAACGGACCUCCGUCACCGCUGCUGGAAGCGUUACCCCUGAAUUCGUUGGAUAUCAGGAGUUGAAGGAGAGCGAGGACGAGAAGGAGGCAUUGAAUAUCUGCAACUACGACGAGAGGCACAGCGGCGCGUCGCCUCCUCAAUCUGCCGACGAAGAGAGCGACAUCGAGAGCUUGCACAGCUUCCAUUACAGUCCAAAAGCAGUGGACUUGCCGUCAGCGGUUCGAUUGGCCAAGAGGCUGUACUCGUUAGACGGGUUCAAGAAGUCUGAUGUCUCCAGACACCUUAGCAAAAACAACGACUUUAGUAGAGCGGUAGCCGAAGAAUACCUGAGAUACUUCAACUUCGAACGGGACACGCUGGACGUGGCUCUCAGAAAGUUCCUUGCCCAGUUCUCUCUGACAGGCGAGACCCAAGAGAGAGAAAGGGUUCUUGUACAUUUCUCCAAGAGAUUUCUCGACUGCAACCCGGGCGCAUUCAAUUCGCAGGACGCUGUUCACACCUUAACUUGUGCUAUAAUGCUGCUCAACACGGAUCUACACGGUCAAAAUAUCGGCAGGAAAAUGUCGUGUAAUGAAUUUAUCGAAAACCUCUCGGAAUUGAACGACGGUGACAAUUUUCCUAGGGAGGUCCUCAAGCAGCUUUACAAUGCUAUCAAAUCGUUCCCCUUGGAAUGGGCCUUAGACGAAGAAGGGGAUGAAACAGCGAACCAAGCAAUUCAGCAAGGUGAUGUUCCAGCGAUAUCUGGAACUGGCAAUCCAUUUCUCGACGUGCCAAAUGUUACGGGUGCUACGGAGUUCAAGAAGGGUUACGUUAUGCGGAAAUGUUGCUACGACUCCAACGGAAAGAAAACACCGUUUGGGAAACGAGGCUGGAAGAUGUAUUAUUGUACGCUGCGAGAACUUGUAUUAUAUUUGCACAAAGACGAGCAUGGCUUCCGUAACGAUAGUUUGCACAACGCGAUACGCAUUCAUCAUGCGUUGGCGACGAAGGCGUCGGACUACACGAAAAAACAACACGUAUUCAGGUUACAGACUGCCGAUCAGGCGGAGUAUCUCUUCCAAACGAGUGAUUCCAAAGAACUACAAUCAUGGAUCGACACGAUCAAUUUCGUGUGCGCGAGUUUUUCCUGCCAACCGUUAGCAGGCGCUGUGGGCUCACAACGAAAAUUUCAGCGACCACUGCUCCCCUGCAGCCACACGAAAUUAUCUCCUAGAGAACAGUUACGGGACCACGAGGAAAGGGUUAGCAAAUUAGAAGCUGAACUGGAGGAGCACAGGCGGCAUCCACCCGAAAGAGGGGCGAAAGCUCUCGCUGUACAGAACUAUAAGGAAAAGGAUGCCUACUUGCAUCACGAGUUGAAAAGGUACAAAACGUACGCGUACUUGCUACGAUCGAGGCUGGCAUUUACAGAGGUGGAGCCAUCAUUGGUAGAGAGCAGUAUCGGUGAAGUGGACGAAGGAAGCGGGGCUCUGCUGAAUUCCGAGGUGGCGUUAGUGCCACCACCUGUUCCCGAUCGGCCAGCCAUAAAUAGGUACAGUUACAGGGCUGCCAUUUACAACCGUAAUCUGCUAAACGGUCAGGACUACGGCGGGGACAUUGGUUGACGUGUGAUGGGUGUCUUUUCAGCAUGUGUGGUCUAGUCUGACCUGCAUACGCAGGCAGAAUCAUCAGCUGAAAUUUGGAAGAAAUAUUAACGAAAACCUAACGAUGUAUUCGACGCAUCACUUGUUAAGUACUGUACUUUACCGUACCGUGUACUCACAUUCUCUUUUAAUAUAUUUAAUCGUGAUUUAUCAGCGGCCAUUAAAAAAACCGGUAGUGGUAGCAUUCGUACAGCGCUAUAGCACAGCAGCAUUACUCGAUCUUUCCAUUGUAUUCUCUUGUAACGGUUUUACUUUCUAUAAUUUCUUUAUUUUCUUUUUUUAAUUCGAUUUAUAUUCAUCGUCGCUCAAGUAUCACAUUUUUCGAUAAGUUUUUAUAACGAUUCAUCCCAUGGAACAUUAUUCAAACCGAAAGUUGGUGUUCUAAGCGCAUACCGGUUAUAACAAACUGGUGAUUGGGUCAGGGUUCUUACACCUAACGCAGUAUAGUGUAAAUGGUUCACUAAUUAUACCCAGUAGAUUGUUAAAGCGUCUAAAAGAAAAAGACUUGACAAGGCCCGAUUAAAAGACUCGUGCCUUGACCGAAGAUAAGACCAGUUACGUAUAGAACAAUUCCGCUAGCCAAAGAAGAAGGUGUUCGAACGUUGACUAACAUCGUAAGAGAAUGGACAUAACUUUAACCGUCAUUCAAUUAAUCCCAAUAUAAGGCUACGUGUAUAAAAACAGUAACAAAACGUAUGUUCAUUAAAAAAAUAACUCACGACUACAGUUUUUAACGAUCGAAUCGCUCUUAAACGUAUUGUAAAAUCUGAUUUUUUUCUGUAUUAACAGAGUGUAAUUUCAAUAGUGAAAUUCUUCAUGCGACAGAGAAAACUUGUUAAAUUCAUUGCAACAUAGUGUCUAAUUAAUGUUAUGCGUAAAUCAUCAUCUGUAACGAUACUUUGUUGCUAUACCAAACUGUGUCUGUCUUCGUACAAAAAAUAUCUUACUCGAGCAUCCUUUCAUGCUUUAUGGUUUCUGCUUUAUGUUCGCUGCUAAUGUUUUAACAACAUAUACUCGACUAGUUCGUGUUGUAUCGCAGGAUUGGUGGUUUUAAGGUAACGUUCGCUUCUUUUGCUACUGUAUGGAAUUCAUUGAGAGCGAAUAUGGGUGCAUCUGGUUUUUUUAUGUUUGAGUGCUACGGACUAAUUCAAGCGUAACAGACUGUUAUCGAAAACUCCACGAUAACUGCAACUUCCAGACCUAAUUCGUCAGUGUUGUCUCCAAGGGACUAGACUGUUCAUAAUGUGCACAGGUUGUUGGAACUUAACAGGGCGAGGAAAUUGAAUUUAUUUUUGCUAUAAUGUACUCUAAUUGGAAGAUACCUAUUAUGAUAUGUUUAUGGUUGUACAGUGGUUAUACUGUUGGCAGUUUGAACAUUUAUAACAAUAUAACCGAACUUGUGUGCAACUACUACGUAUAUUGUACUAAGUGUAACAAAAUUUAAACACAUUAUUGGAAAGCGAAAUUAAAACAAAUAUAUCUCAAUUUCCUUGCAAUCUGUAAAACCACCAUAUAAUCUAUACAUAUUAUAUCAAGACUGUGGGUGGCUAAUAAUUAUGAUUUAUUUUGGACUUUAUGUGUCAUUAAAAAAUUAUUUUGAAGUGAAGAUUUUUAAAAAUAUAGUUUAUCAACGUCAGAGUGUAACGUAACAGACGGAGAGUGAUAUUUUACAAAACUUUACACGACGAAUUCCAAAGUACCUUUAUGUUUAUUGUUGAGUAUUUAUUUAACAGUUAUCACGAUGCACGUGAAGGUUGAAUUAGAAUCGUUGAAUAGAUGUCUUGUUUCUAUCCUUUACGAUGAAAUUAAUUAAGUUCGGUGUCACGAUGUUUUAAUUUCGUUGUUGGCUUGCAACGAAGACGAUUACGCUAAUAGUUGAGCUAUGUUACGGAAGUUAAGACUGGAUAAAAAAAAAAUAUAUAUAUAUAUAUAUAUAUUACGCGCAUAUUUAAAUUCGUUUACGGCACUGUCAAAUUGUGUAUCAGCCACUUUACAAGUGUAGAUGUACAAUAUAUUUUUAUAUUUGGUAUAUUUGUCAUUGUGGAUCUAUUUCCAUUUUAUCUGCGUCCUGGAUUUAUAUGUGUUGCAAUCUGUCGAUGGUUCCAGGUGGCGAAUCUUAUCCUUUGCGAAGAUGUUGAACCAUCGAGUCGUUUGUACGUUUGUUCUGUGAUCGCGUUGUCUUUGCGUUCUGUAAAUUGGUUGAUACGUCAACGAGUAAAAAAAGCGUCUCACUCGGUAGUUUAGUUGAACGAAAGGUUAGUUCGCAAAAGGAAGGAACAACUCUUUCGUUUCUUAUAAAAAUAAAAAUUAAAUAUCGCAGAUAGGACUACGUAGGCCUCACCUUACUCUAAUCACUGUUCUGACAUUACGUUUAGAUGCAUAACGGUAGCAUUUAUCGAUUACUCUAGCCUUUUUAAAAACGACUAUAAAGUAUCGUAUAUAUAUAUACAUGUAUGUAUAUACUGUGUACAUAUAUACAAAUAUAUGUAUAUAUAUAUACGUAUAAUUAUUCUUGCAUAAAAGUAUUACGUAAUAAGUCAAAUGCUUUAUCAAACGUUACGACAAAUUUUUGAAGGAAGUGUGACGAUUAUAUUCAGAACUUUAAACAAAGAGAGAGUUCGAUGUUUUUAUUCCUGUCAGAAUAAAAACUUUCAUACCGUUUUUACUUAAUAAAAUAUAAUUCUUUGAUACUAUUUAAGUUGUGUUUGAUAUACGAGGGAUAUUGAAGUAUUUGUUUCGAAGCGGUUAGCCGAGGGUUUCUUAUUCAUUAAUUUUCUAGAUCAUUUUUUUUUAACGAUUUAAAAAUUGAAUGAAAGGCUUAAUACACUGAAAUAGAAGAGCGUUUGUAAGUAUUACAUAAUUAUUUUAUGCCAAAAUGUUCUAAAUCUAAUAAAACGACACAGUGUACUCUUGGGAAUCCAAUAAUCAGGAACCUGCUAAUUUCUUUCCUUUCGGUUUUAAGAGUCAAUCAAAACCGACGAUUUUUCAGUGGCUAAUAGAAUGAAGUUUAUCUAGCGGUUAUAGUACAACUUUUUUGUAUUAUAAAUUUGCGAGUAUCUUCUUAGAGCAGACGUUAAACGAAUCUGUUUGUUGACUAGUCGAAUUAGCGUUAUUAGACAUGGUUCCUGUAAAUCAUGUUGCUGCUCAGUAUCUAAGAGUAUAUAUAUAUAUUAAUUUAAAACGUGUACUGGUAAAUAUAUUUCAUUACUUUUGUAUUUCGAUUGUAGCUAGUUGUGCUUCGAUUCUCCGUUUACUAUUUUUAUUAAUGCCAUCCUUUUGUAUCGUUCUCGAGAAGUCGUUCGCUACAUCUAAUCAUAGUGUACACUAGACCCCCUGUACAUAAAACUGUAUUAUAUGUGGAUAAUAUAAACAAUUAUUAUAAACUAUAUAAUGCUAAUGGCAAUAAAGAUAAACAGUCUCCAGAUUACAUAGAUUCACAAGUUUCAUAUGCGAAUCCCAAAGUUUCAGAUACCAGUAGGUACUCUUCUAACGUAUAUGCACUUGCAUUUGGUUUGAUGGAAGUUGCAUGCAACACGUUCAUACAUAUCGUUAGACGUUUAGCGUAAUAUGCACGAAUGCCUACAGUUCUGUAUACUCUAUGCACAUUAAUUUGAUGAUUCUAUGUACACUAUUUAUUAUUUUAUCACUUACUUUUUAGCAGUUUAAGUAAAAUUCAUGGUAAUUAUAAUUACGUUAAUAAUCACAAACAAUAGAAAUAAACCUCUAUUUUUCAUUUGGUAUGAUUGCUUGCAGGUUCCUUUGCAAUUUUACGACUAACACAAACUAUUUAGAAUCGCAUGAAACACGAAUAUCGCGCAACAAAAUUACUUUUUUUAAUUAUUAUUUCUACUUCAGUGUCUAAUUUCUAUUGCCAGAUUUUCAGCUGCGGACAAUGUUGUACAAAUAAGCAUGGUACUACACUGUCACACGUUAAUACAAUUGCAAUUACGUAUAACCAGAACUUGGUGUAAUUAUGAAAUAUCAUUUAACAAAAAUUUGAAGUUCAAUCAAAACUUGGUGGUAUAUUUUAUUAUGUAGAUUAUACCUUUUCAAGCUCUUUGUGAACAUAAAUUGCCCAGACAACGUUUUAAUUUAAAAAUAUAUUUCUGUUAAACAUUAAUACAUUUUUCUAAAAGUACUGUUUACAAAGAGUGGAGAUGUAUAAGCUAUUGUAAAGACAAAUUGAUCAACUCCGAACUGAAUUGUCUCCUACAACAAUGCUUUUAAAUUCAGAAGCGAAAUGUGAACAUAUUGAAGCUUCUCUUGCAUUAUGAACCGUUAUUAAAUAAUUAUAUAAUGAUUGUAUUAAUUUAUUGCAUGCAACAGGAUUGAGGCAGUGUCAUCGUGAACGAAGUCGGCAGAUCAUCGUCGAAACUGUUUCAACGUGCAUCGAAGUUACAAUGCACAAGUUUCAUGGGUGAAAAUUUGUUGGAAGAUUUUCAUUUCUUAGGACAUUUUAUUCUUAUAUACAUAUGUCACAUCGAUAAACAUCCGUUUUUCUUUGUUGAAAAAGUGAAAACGAUACGUCACGUUAAAAGUAUUGUCAAUUGAAAAUUCGUCAUGAUUAUUUCUUCGAAUUAACCCCAAAAGAGAUUUCGAAUUUAAGGUAUUUUUCUAGUGUUUUCUUUAGAUGAAUCAUUUAAUGCUCGUCAAGUUGUCUAACGAAAUAAAAUUACCAUGAGAUUAUCGUUAAAUAAUAUUAUUACAACUUAAUUUUCAAAGUGAGACAUGCUUCGAGAUGUAAGUUACAAAGUGAUACGUAAUGUUCUCGGUUGAAGACGAUCUAACGAAGAAACGAUAUUUUCCAGUUGGUCUUUUUGCGAAAAGAGCAGCUCGAAAAUUUGUUCGAAGAAAUCUACUAAGCUACUCGAAGGUUUAAUAUUACAUUAAGGAAUUAUUGUAAGAUAAUUUCACACAAAUAUGAUGCUACAACUAUGAAAUUCAGUAAACCUGUGAAGCUGAGGACGAAACCGCAUGAAUUGCAGAAAGUGUAAUUAUCUAAAAUGCAAAAGUAUUUGUUGACAUGUUAGUUAAAAAUACUCGAUAAGUCCUCGCUAUAGAUUGAUUGUGUUAGAGAUAAUAUAAAGUAUACGAUCGAGAUCAAUGUGUAUGUUUAGAGCAGCAGUGUCGAUCACGUAUAAGUUUUGUGAAGCUGUUUUUAUAGUGAAGAUUUACAAACGCGUUAAUUAUUGUCCGAAUCAUCAUAGUACACAGGUGUGUGCGUGUGUGUGUUCUCCUUUUUUUUUAAGCGUUGUACCUUGUUUUCGUACUUAUUUACGCUUAAGGUGAUAAUUAAUUUCUUAAUUGUACAUAAGUUAUUGUAACGUUAGCUCGCCUUUACAAUUAUAUUCUGCAUAAAUGCCAAAGAAUUGCAUUUAAAAUACAUUUUCAUUGCAAUGUAUUUUUUACUCGCAUUUACGUUCGUAUAUUCAUCAUUAUUACAUUAUUUGCUUUUUUGAUACUUUGUAAUGUAUUGCUCUCUCUGUCUCUCUCGGUUCAUCUCAAUUUGUAUAAUUGAAUUUGUCGAAGACUUAGUAGAAUUUAUUCUGUAUAAACACAAACUAA